GGGUUACUACGCUCAAAGUCCUUAUAUACCUGACUACGCUUGGGUCAUUGCGGGUUUUGACUAUCAGGAUUUUUCUUUAAUAACAAGGAAAGGAAUUUUUAAAUAAAAAGGAUGAUGUUUCGAUUCGAUACUUGUUAUUUGCUAACUUGUGCUCUGUAUCACAAAGAAGACAGUGCGAUUUCCUAUUACUUUCAGAGUGGUGCGUGCUGUAUCUAAAUGCUGAAAUGGUGUAUGCUGGCGCUUGUUGAGAGCUUGUUGAUCUCCAUUGUGACUGAUUGAAUAAUCUGACACUUGAGCAUUUGACUUCAUUCUGCACUGGCAUACUGGUACCCCUUCACAAGAAUAAUGGAUAAUAGUACUUUGUCAACGUAUCCUACAACAGUGUUUGUUAGCAAUGUUACAAAUGGCACAACAACAAAUCCACCUCGAGACAUUUCCACAAUUGUACAGGUCUGCUUCAGUAUCAUUUUGUGCAUUGUUAUGUUUGGUGUCGGAUGUGCAGGAGAUUUUGCCAAAGUUAUUUCUCAUUUUAAACAUCCAGCAGGAAUUUGCACAGGAAUUUUCAAUCAAUUUAUAAUCAUGCCAGUAUUGGCUUUGGCGUUCGUUUCUGUUACUCAGAUACCACAGGAUGAAGCAAUGGCUGUCUUAAUACAAGGGACAGCCCCUGGUGGAAUGAUGAGUAAUAUUAUCACAUAUUGGAUUCAUGGAGACAUAAAUUUAAGUAUUUCCAUGACUGCAGUGAGCACAGUGAUUGCAUUGGGUUCGAUGCCACUUUGGUUAUUCAUCUUCACACUCAUUCUACAAAUUGAGGAAAGUUUACAGAUACCAUUCAAUUCAUUAGGUAUUGCUCUAGCAAUAAUGGUUCUUCCUGUAAUAUUUGGUGCAUUGUUACGAAGGUAUAAACCGAAAGAAGCAGAAAUAAUAACCAAGGUUUUUACAAUAUUUGGAACAAUUGCUAUCAUUGUAACACUGAUUGUUAGUGGGAUUGUCAGCGAACUGUCUUUCUAUUUGUCUUGGAGGCAGUGGUUGAUCUGCUUCUUAACACCUAUACUUGGAAUGGUCCUUGGCUACUUGGUUGCUCUUCUACCAUUCUUGAGGUUAACGGAGCCAAGUCGACGAACAAUCGCUAUUGAAACUGGAAUGCAGAAUUGCCAAAUAUCACAAUCUGUUCUUGUCAUUUCAUACGCAAGCAAUAUUGCAAUUUAUGAAAAAAUUCGUUUGUUCCCAUUAUUGAAUUCAUUUUUUCAAAUUUUGUAUGGUGUAAUUAUGGCCAUCAUUAUUCGAAAAUGUUCUGUCUUUUCCGUUAAGUAUGUCCUACCCACAUCAACAAUUGAAGAAAGCAAAGAUUUGGACGAAGAGCAAACGUGUAGUAAAGACAAUUAAUAAUGGAAGACUGCUUGAAGCAAUGGCUCGGAAACUGUAGUCGCAGAGCACUAGUGUGACAUGAUGGUUUCUGAAGUUGCCAUAGUUUUCCAAAUUAACAUGAAAAAUAUUGUGUUCAGUCUCAUUACAUUUAGCACAUCUAAACCUUCAAGAAAUAUUUUCUGCCGCUCUAUGUUCUACCAAUGUUCUUAGUGCAAAAGAACAUGUUUAAUCAAACAGAAACAGCCAAAAGUAUGAGAGCAUAUACAAGGAUUUAUUGCUUCAGCGCCAUGGGAUCAAAAACAACUUGUCCAGCAUUGUCUGCAAGUUCUACUUAAUGAGCCACAAGCUGGAAAAAGAUUGAGAACCGCUGUUAAAAUAUUACCCUCUUUAAUCAUAUAUCCUAUGAAAUCGAAUCAAAGCAUCCUAAUCCCUUUUGAAGGGUUCAUGAUCAUGAAUAACCUUUGUGAUAUAUUUGCUAUGUUAAUGAACUUGAAAUCAUGCACGUCUUCUGGUAAUUUUUGAAGUAUUAGCCACAGCAAAUGCAUGGUUAACCUUAUCUCCAUCAUAUUAGGAAACAAACCGACUGUAAAUAGGGUUUGUUUAUAGUACACAACAAGCUAUUUGAUCUUCAUUAGAUCCAGCAGACGAAGGGUGUGCAUUCAUGUGCGAGAAAAAUUCCUUUUAUGGUCGUUGAUUUCCUUUUUUUUAUUUGAAUUUACAGAACUGUUUUUUCCGAAAAUAUGUGUACAAAAUUUCUAUCAAAAAGUAUAUAUUGCUGACUGCCGAGUGUGAAAAAAGCAUGCUCUAAAGAGCCAAGGGAUAUUUUGCAUCACUGAAAAAUAUUUUAGGCGGUUGUACUAAAAUUGUGUAUUCUAGCUUGAAGAAAUGACAUGAAUUUUCAUUUGUUUUGACAAAUAUUUUUCUGGAUGCAGGACAUGACAUUAAAUUCAAUUAUUUUAUUAAUAUUGCAUAACUCACUGUUCCACAAUUUGUAAUUAUCUUUGGUAAUUUACCUUUAAAUGUUAUUGCAUUUUGUGAUUUAUUUCACAUACAUAUAUAGAAACCUUCAGUAUUACGAUGUUAUAUCUAUAAGACUCUAAUUCAAACCUACACUUCUCUUUUUUAUGACCUACUAUUGCAUCAUCAAAUAUUGCAUCUGCAUAUAUUGCCUGUACAUUAUGUCUUUGUGUAUCUGUUAUUUGUUUUACUUGUGUAUUUCUGUCACAGUUCCAUUUAUCGCUGUAGUAAAAUCAAAAUAGCUUAUGUCACAUUUUUUAGAAAUGGAUGGUCAUCUUCAUCAUCAGCGUAUUCCUAACGCUCAGCAUGAUGUGUCACACAGUCGAGCAACCAGUUUCGAUUUUGGGUAAUGCCUUAUAUCCAUUUUUGGGUUUCGCUGUUAGUUCCAAACUAUUACAAAAAUGCUAUUUCCUCAAAACUUUAAAAUGUGACAUACCUAAUUUGGUUGAACUGCGAAGAUAUAUUGCCUGCUUAACGAAGCAUUCGCAUGCCCUUUAUUUGUAAUAAUUGACCGGGGCCUGGAUGCUAAUUCCAUUAGUUGUAUAUCUAUUACUGAUUCAUUAUCAAUUUUUUCUUCUAUUUGUUGUUUAUUCUUGAUGCUGCUGUUGAACAAAUAUUACUACUAAGACGAUGCCAAAGUUUCCUGUAGAAUAAUUUCUUAUGUUGAACUUGUUUUGCCAAGCUAGACUUGCCUGUCUUGACAUGUAAUUUGGUACUUGACUGUAAUAUGCAGGCUCUGAUCGAAAUAUUCCCCAUUGAGAGCAAAAAAAAACUUGACUAAAUUUUCUUCAACAGAAGUUUAAAUUUCAUAAAUACCAGCGAAUUAAUGGAUAAAUAUGUGUCGUAUUGACAAAAGCAAAAACUAGGAUUGUUUGCUCCUGUAUUGACAAUAUUCACUUCUGCUUCAACAAUCUAUUCGAGGUAUUUAUAUAUUAUGCUGGUAAAUUUCUAUAUUACAUUGAUCAUCUUAGUUUCAUUUCAACUGAAUUUUUUAAAUUAUUCUCCUCGACGAUCA